GGCCUUGCAAGGUUACUAAUCUUCACAUCGAUUUAACUGCAGGUCUCUCUCUCUCUGUCUCUCUUCCCUCUCGCAUACAAGCAUAUAUUCAUAUGUAAAAAGAUGGAGCGUUCCAUGCGUUUGUUUUCGACUGCCUUCGUCUUUGUUCUUCUUUUGGUGGCUACAGGGAUGAUGGGACCAAUGCUUGCGGAGGGUAGGACCUGUGAGUCUCAGAGCCGCAAGUUCAAGGGAGCCUGCCUGAGUAGAAGCAACUGUGCAUCUGUUUGCCAGACUGAGGGCUUUCCUGGAGGCCAUUGUCGUGGCUUUCGCCGCAGAUGCUUCUGCACUAAACAUUGUUAAUUAGCUAUUAAUUAAUGACGAGAUGAUCAUCAUUAAUCAUACAUGUGUGAUGUAUAUGUGUGACAUGUGGGGGUAUUAAGAUUAAAUAAUCGCUUAAUUAUCAUUCCGUGCAUGGAUACCUACGUAUGUGCAUGCUUGUGUGCUACUAGAAUAAAUUAAUAACCCAAUCUUUCACAGUUGGGUUAUCAUUAAUUGUUCUUUUGUUCUUGUUUAUUAAGUAAAACUAUCUCCGCGUGAGUUACUUUGUAA